GGGGCAUAAAUACUUUAAUUUGUAUAAAUAAAAUUAAAAGAAAUGUUGUGCAUUUGUGUUGUAGGGUGCUACUCAAAAAGCACAAACACGUGAGUUGAGAAUGGAGAAUUUACUGUAUAUUGACCUCUGUUUUCUUCUUAGUUUCUCUAGACAUCUGACUUCUGAAUUUGUUUCUGGUAUCAUUUGUUUUCUCUGUUUGUUUAUUCUUUCAGAAGAGUUUGUGGACGCCUCUGAUAUCAUCGAGAGAGCGAAUGCUAACAUAACAACGCGCCUGGUCGACGGAGACAUUGCGCCAAAUUUAAGAAGGAAUGCAGAUCCCUGCACGGCUACAGGCUGCAAAUGGCCCAAAUAUGGAAGAUAUGUUUACAUACCCAUCAUAUUCUCCAACCGCUACACAACAACAGAGCGCAACAUCAUCAUCCGAGCCCUGUUGAUCUUCCACGCAUCCACCUGCAUUCGCUUUGUCAGGAGGGGCUCCCAUAGAAAUUACCUCUACUUCUACUCUGGAUCUGGGUGUUGGUCCUACCUGGGCCGACAGCAUAGAGGACAGCUUGUAUCCCUGCAGAAAAAUGGUUGGUUGUACAAAUCCACAGUGCAGCACGAGGUUCCCCACGCUCUGUUUUUGUUAAGAGAAAGUAAUUUUAUGAAGAAGCAAACUAACAACUUGGGUACUCCCUACGACUUCGACUCCAUCAUGCACUACGGAAAAUACGCCUUCAGCAAAAACAGCCAACCGACCAUCCUCGCUAAGAGCAAUCCAAGUCUUAACUUUGGGACUGCUGGUACAAUGAGCAAGAAUGACAUCGCUCGUGUCAACAAGCUUUACCGAUGUUAAUAAACGGAAGGAGACGGUCGGCCUCCAGAUACUUCAACUCCCGGCUCGUUAUGAUUCACCAAUAGCUCCAGAUCUGUUGUUUAACAGUGGCUAGCUUUCUGCUGAGGUCCAUCAACCCAGAGGGCUCAGCUUUUCUUUAAAUAAUUUCUUAUUGGAUUUAAGUCAUUUACUCUAUAAUAUGGCUAUGGCUAGCUUUCUGCUGAGGUCAGACACAAUACCGAUCUAGAGGGCUCAGCCCUCAUUUGAUUUAAAUCAUUUACUCACUUUAUUGAUUUUUCAAAUAUAAACUUUAUUUUAUGAUUUUGGUUUUACUUGAUGGGCUCAAGAUUCAUUAAAUAGUUAAUGAUACUAUAAGGGGAAGAAAAAUAAAAACAAUUAAAAAAACAAUUCAUCA